AUGACAGAGCAAUCGGUCGCGGAGGUUUUCACCUUCCCGACAGAUCCAGCCGAGUUCGAGAAUGACGACCGCAUCUCGUUCUCCAAGCUAGACAACAAGUUCAUCGCUGUUCAGGAAUCCGACGGCACCGAGUUCGAGUUUGAUCACCAGCUGAAGCGCUGGAUCCCGGUCGCAGACGAGGAUGAGGAAGCAUUCAUACAACAGCAUCAAGACGCCUAUGGCAAUGCACAAGAAUCAGGUGCAGACAGCAGUGCCCAGCCUAGCAACGGCAAAAAGCGGAAGCAAGACCAAGUCGAGGACCAGGACAAUCAUGGCUCCUCCUCUGCCUCCAACAAACAACGCAAAAACAAGAAACAAAAUACUCAAAAACAGCCGCCCCAGAACAGGGCCAUCUACGUCACCGGCCUGCCCCUCGACGUGACGGUCGAUGAGGUCGCCGAGGUGUUUGGCCGCAAGUGCGGCGUCAUCGCCGAGGAGAUCGACAGCGGGCGGCCGCGAAUCAAGCUAUACUCGGAUGCCGAGGGCAACUUCAAGGGGGACGCACUCAUCGUCUUCUUCAAGCCGCCGAGCGUCGAGAUGGCCAUCAUGCUGCUGGACGACUCGCACUUCCGCUAUAGCGACACCGGCCUGGGUUCGGGCAAGAUGCGGGUGCAGGCCGCCGAGUCUAGCUACAAGAAGACGCAGUACACAGCAGAAGGUGAGGCGGGCGGCGAGGCCAAAGACGGUGGUGCUGCUGGGUCGUCAAGACAGCAGCAGAACAACGGCGGCAAGGGCGGGGGCGGCAAGGACCGGGAGAAGGUGAUCAAGAAGACGCAGAAGCUCGACGCCAAGCUGGCCGACUGGUCCGACGACGAGGCUGCCUACGUGCCGCCCGAGCAGCGAACGGGCAAGAAGGACAAGAUGGUCAUCCUCAAACACAUGUUCACGCUGCAGGAGCUCGAGGACGACCCGGCGGCGCUGUUGGAGAUCAAGGAGGACAUCCGCGAGGAGUGCGAGAAGCUGGGCGAGGUGACCAACGUGGUGCUGUACGACCUCGAGGAAGACGGCGUCGUGAGCGUCAAGUACAAGAAGCCAGAGUCAGCCGCCGCGUGCGUGGAGCUGAUGGAUGGCCGGGCCUUUGGUGGCCAGCGGGUCGAGGCCUACAUCCCAAGUGGGCGACUAAAGUUCCAGAGGUCCAAGGACAACAAUGACGACGCUGGCGAGGAUGACUAA